GCGCGCCCACAGCGGCGGGCGGAACCGAGCGCGCAGGCGCGGCGCUGCCUCUCUCUGCUGGUGGCCCGCCCUCCCUCCUCCCCUCCCUCCCCUCCCCGUCCCCUCUCCCCUCCUCAGGCCCGCGCGUCUUCCUCCCGCACGCGCCGUCGUUAGCCGAGCGCUCGCCGGUGCGCGUCUUCCUUGUCCCACAGGCAGCGGGGCGGGCGCGACCCUGCUCCACGCUCGCGGUCCCGGCGAGGAUCGUACCACCGUUCCCCGGAGCGCGGGGGUAGCCGGCCGCCCUGCCGCCUGCGCCUCGGCGACCCCGCGGGGCUGAGGCGACGCCUCACCCGGCAGCCUGAGCGCACAGCCGGCCUUGACCCAGAGCUCCGAACCGCGAGCGCCGCGCCCUCCGCCGGCCCCACCCAUCCGGGCAGCGGCCAUGGCCGAGACCGAGGAGCGGAGCCUGGACAACUUCUUCGCCAAGAGGGACAAGAAGAAGAAGAAGGAGCGGAGCAGUCGGGCGGCCAACGCGGCGAGCGGCGCGGGCGGGAGCAGCGCGGCGGCGGGCUCCAGGCCGGGCGACGGCGGGAGCUUGGGCUCCGGUGCCAGGUCGGGAGACGGCGGGAGCUCGGGCUCUGGUGCCAGGUCGGGAGACGGCGGGAGCUUGGGCUCCGGUGCCAGGUCGGGAGACGGCGGGACCUCGAGGUCGGGAGACGGCGGGAGCGCGGGCCCCGGCGGCAAGGCCAUAACGAAGGAUGAAAAUGAGUGGAAAGAAUUUGAACAAAAAGAGGUUGAUUACAGCGGAUUAAGAGUUCAGGCAAUGCAAAUAAGUGAAAAGGAAGACGAUGAUAAUGAAAAGAGAGAAGAUCCAGGAGAUAAUUGGGAAGAAGGUGGAGGUGGCAGUGGAGCAGAAAAAUCUUCAGGUCCCUGGAAUAAAACUGCUCUGGUACAAGCGCCUCCUGCUCCAGUAACAGUUACAGAAACCCCGGAGCCAGCAAUGCCUAGUGGUGUAUACAGGCCUCCUGGGGCAAGGCUAACCACGACAAGGAAAACGCCACAAGGACCACCAGAAAUAUACAGUGACACACAGUUCCCAUCCCUGCAGUCCACUGCCAAGCAUGUAGAGAGCCGGAAGUACUUAAAAUGAAUGCUGCCUGAAGUUAAAUGACCACAUAUGGCACAUCUACAUCUUAUUAGGGACAUGGAUUUUCAAAAGUAAAUAAAGUGGGAAGAAAUGUAAAUGGCAUCAGAUGGACGAAUUUUUGGGUGGUUUUUAAAUCCCAGCCUUUGCCUCACUGAGAGCACAGCUGGCUUGAAUUAGACCUCUACUUGGACGUGCUCCCCAUUCUGUCCUCACAUGUGGGGGGACUCUGGGAGAGCAGUGACUUGCCACACAUCUUCUGUACCUGAUCUAAUCAGACCACUCCCCCAAAGCAAAGGGGAGGAGAAAUCGUUGAAUGAUGAGAACAUUACUUGAAUGAGGAAAUUGUUGCCCUUAUGCAUAAAGACGUAUUACCUACUAACUGCGAAAACUUAGAAGUGAGUCUUAGAAGGAAUGUCAUUAUACAGCUUCUCUCUGGUUGUCUUCAAGUUGGUCCCAAAUACUCUGUUCAGAAGAUGGGGCCUCAGAGCUUCAGUACAGUAUUACAUGUUUUCUGUUCAAUUGAAGCCUUAAUGGUUUGAUAAGGAUUUUUGUAUUCCCUUCCUGUCUCUCCAGGAUUAUUCUUAGGGUCUUUUUUUUUUUUUUUUGUUUUUUAAAUUCGAGGAAGAAUACUUUCAAAAUUCCCUAGUGACGAAGAAAUAUUUACUGAUUACAUUUCUUUUCCCUUAGGGAUAAAGAAAUGGAGAAGAGCUUUGAAGUAGUAAGACACAAAAAUAGAGUUAGGGAGGAGGUUUCAAAAAAUCAGGCCCUUAAACUUGAGCUAGACAACCAGUAUGCUGUGCUUGAGAAUGAGAAGUACAGCCCCACACAGUACAGUUAAGGAAUGGUCUUUGCUAAGCCUUCCAAGAUAACUAGACCACAGCCAACCACCAAGAACAGCCAUUCAGCGUCUUGAUUUCUGCAUCUACAGUGGCUGACUGAAGACCUCGGUCCAGUGGCUGUCCCUGUUGCACUAUGGAAGUUCAAGAGUCACGACUGAUCUUGAUGUGUCUUGGAUUUAGGGAUGUUUUCAUUGUCUUAAAUAUUUGUGAAUUAGAUUCAACAGUGUUUCCAUAGUUGCUCUGCGUAUAAAACCAAACCUGCAGCCAGUGGUCAUUUCAAACAUCUUUAUGUUCAGAUACUGAGCCUUCGCAAGGUUGACUACCUCAGAUUUGCUGCACUUAAAUUGUGGAUUUCAUGUGGAUCACAACUUCUACAUAAGGUUACAGCUAUUAGUGUCUGUGUGAACCUUGAAACCAACUCUACUGGAUUCCUAGCAGAAAGCCUUCAGAAGUCAGCCAUCUGGGUUCUGAUCCGCUGUAAAAACAGAAGAGUUAAGUGACCUUAAUAACCUGUUCUGUGCCCCAUCCUAAGGAAUAUUCUAUAGGCUGUGGCUGUUAGACUUCCUGGAACAAGCCGCUGUCAGAAAUGAUGUGUUUGGAUCAUCUGUGUGGGGCUUAUGAUUUAUAAUUUUAAGUUUUUAGUUGUAUGAGGUAACUAUGGAUUUAAUUCAACCAAACUUGGGUCCACCAAAUGGGGAGCGGGUGGGGGUAGCCUUGUUUCUUUGAAUACAUUUUCAUUCAGAUAGUGCUUGUCCAGUUCCACAUUAAGGCCUUGCUUUGACUUGGAGUAAGUUCUUUGAGGGCAUAUUGUGUGGUGAAAUAGUCUGAAAGAAGCAUUGGAAUUGUGAGAUGCCCUAUGAAUUUGCCAUCCUUAGGUGGAACCAGGUAGCUGUAGAUACAUAUAAAGGACAGUGGAUCCGCUCCACUCCAGGUGCUGCUCAAGCCUCCUAAUCAGGUCUAAAUUGAACUGCUGUGGACAGAGUGUGGUGUCUGCUCAGAAGGGGUGUUUCACUGACCUGGCUUUUACAGUUCAAAGUAACAGGAGCAAAAACCACCAAGUUGUGAAUCUUGCAUGGUGUCUGAUAAAUACAGUGUGUGCCCCAUAUUUUAAGGUUAUGGGCUAUUCUGGAGAUCCAUUCAUUGUUUAGCCAGCUCUUAUCAUUCACCUUGGGAGUAUGUUUGUAUUCACUUGGAGAGUCAGGGGAAUAGCCAGUAAUGUAGCACUUCUGUUGUUAGUAAUUACAAUGUAACGAUCUAGUGGUACUUGGCUCUUAGAAGAGGUCACAGUUAGAUUUCUUUCCACCUAAUGAAAUAGACUGCCAGUUUUCAUGCUACUGCAAAUGGUUCAGUACACGUACUCUACAUUGGCUAUGACUGUGUGAUAUAAUGGCGGUGCCUAGGUUUCUCUCUGUAAAUGAAUCCCUUUGCCAAACACAGUUCAGACUCGCUCACUACUGACAGUAGUAGAACCGGAAUGAGUGAAGUUUUCCCAGCUUGAGAGCAUGUCUUGCAGAUUAGUGGAUUAGUGCAGCAGUGUGGGAAGCAGGAGGUGCAGACCAGUGUCUCCUGACCAGACUGUAUGCCACUUCUGGGCAACAGUGUUGGCAUGAUCUGAGCCAGCCAGGAGGAGGGUGGGUGAUUAGAAGCUUGAGAUUCUUAGUUAUACUGAAGGCUUAAUUUGGGCACCAGAAAACCUUAACAAGUAAUCUCACACCUUGAGUCACAAUCUUCCCUUAAUGUAUGCUUUACCCCAGCUUCACACACAUAGACAAAUUCUGUUCGGGGUUCUGGUUUAAGAAGUGAACAGACGUAUGACGAGGUUUGUUUAAUGGCAUACUGUACUGGAACGCUGAAGACCUGCAGCAGAUGUAAAUUCCAAGUCUUGUUAUAGUUUUUUAAGAUUGUGAAAUCAAAAUGCAUAUGAAUCAAGUUUUAAUACACUGUCUGGGUGGAUGAGGCUGUCCAUUGCACCAUUUCUUUCUUUGGGUUCUCAGGCAUGGUUCCGACAGUGUACGAACUCUGUAACAUUAACAUUGAAUAAACAGUCAACCUAC